UUUAAACUCUUGAAAGUGACUAAAUUAAAUUUUAAAUGAGAAUUGUCGCAAUGACCUUUCUUUUGGUCGGCUUGUGUCUUUGAACAGAGCCUCAGCCCCCUGGAAUUGUUGGGACAGUCGGUCUCGACUUUCUAAAUAGAAUCAAGGAUAUCUAUUUUUCGAACAUUGUGAGGGAGCUUAACAACAUGAAGAUUGAUGAAGUCAAUGAUAGGCAUUACAAACUUUGGAACAUCGAUAUGACUUUUUAUAUUCCUUUACCAGAGGAUCUCAUAUUGUCUAUUGAUGCCCAGAAUGAUGGCCUGCGUGUACAAGUUAGAAAUAUGCUGAUAACAGGUAAACUUAACUGGAAAGUCAAGUUAGGCAAGCUUAUUAAAAUUAGAGGCCAUGCAGAUAUAAAAGGAGUUUGAGAUGAGAUUUCAAUCGUUUUGGGCUUUACAACUCAAGAGAGAGAUGGUUACCUCAUCCCUGCAGUCUUUACGAAAUCGGUAGAUGUAAGCUUGGACAAGCACAAGUGGCACGCCACCACUGGGAACAACGUUAUACAGAAAGUCGGCAACACAAUUAUCAAGGCACUCCGAGGACCAAUUUUGAAGAAGGUGAAACAGAAUUGUAUUAUAGAUUCUCUGAAUAAAGAUAUGCCAAGGAUUAUGAAUGAGGAGAUCAGGAAAUCCUUUGAGAUAGAAGCACCCCUGACGCCUUGGCUGAAUAUGAACUUUGCCUUGGUUAGUCCAAUUAAGGCUAGCGCUAAUUCGCUUAUUUUGCCGAUUAACGGAACUAUAUAUCUCCCAGGAUCUCACCUUAAUUUCACUCAUAAACCUUCAGAGAUCAUGCUGAAUCAGAAGGCCUCAGAGAGCGAUGUCUCUUUGGCUGUCGGCGAUUACGUGUUUAGUACUUUUGCUGAUUCCCUGAAUCAGUUUGAAUUUGAGUACAAUAUAGCUGCAGAUGGGUACGACAUCCAGAUUGCGAUACCUGGUAAUUCAAGUUCUUUCAGCAUUGUAAAUACUGAGAAGGGACUCCAUGUUGUUGCGAAGGGUAACUGCACAGUUAUACAGACUGGGACUUCGUUUGAUGUUGAUAUUUCAGGCGAUCUUUCAUUUAACUUCACAAAUGGGGAUGGUGACAACAUGCUAUACUUUAAUCCAAUCGUAGACAAAAAUUCGCUUAAUAUCUCAACUUCUAAUGUAUUCUUGGUCAGAGAGAAGCUCGGACUAGGAAUGUUAAGCCCUCUUUUCGGUCCGAUAAUUGGAUUUUUUGCUAAGAGGUUGGAAUUUAAAUCAAUUCCAGUGAAGAAGAUCCCAAAUUUCCCGUUAGUGCUGAACUAUUCAAGCACAGAGUUCACUCCUAACUAUAUGGCAGUUAGGCUUGACGUAUAAAUUAUAUUUCUCAGAUUUCAACAACUUCA